AUGCUCAGUUUAAUUUUCAGAGAGCUGUUGCUUUUGAUUAUUCUUGUGAAAAAUUCGGAUGCAAGGACGAUUUUGAACAAAUAUGGGAAGAUUUACGAUGAGUGGGAUUAUCCAAUGUUUAAGCAAAUUCCACGAGAAGAAGAAAAAAGAUCGACCGAGACAAGCUUCGAGAAUCUACCGUGGAAUACCCGAGACAGUUAUUCAUCGGAUCCUGUCUGGCCAGAUUAUUUCUUCUAA